CAUUAUUGUACCUAUUUGUGUGUAACGAAUUGUUCAUGUGUGUGAUAUUCAAAUCAUUUGUUUCCCCCUCUAAUUUUUUUUAUUACUUUCUUUCUUUAUUCAAUCCACAAACAAAAAUGAUCACCCCACAACUCACUUAUAACUAUCCUUUGGAAAUAUUUGAUAAUGUAUCCUAUUAUCUCACCCAUAAACAAAAAGGAAUAUGUCGGAAUGUCUGUAAAUCCUGGAGAAGCCUUUUUACACCGUCGCAAUAUCGCCAUGUCCAGAUAAGAGGCAGAAGACAAUUUCAGCGUUUUUAUGGAGCCUUAAUAACUAGUAUGGUAGGGCAUUAUGUUCGACGUCUUUCUAUAGACGAUGUAUGUAUAACUGCGGAAGAGCUUGAAACAUUGCCCACACUGUGUCCCAAUCUGGUUCAUUUACUGUCGAAUGGUGUUGAUACUUCACAAGAUAUUUCCUUUUCUCAAUGGAGUCAUCUUCGUUACCUUACGGAAUAUGGUCACUUUACUGUUGCAAAUCAGUUGCUUCGUUCCCCAGAUUCAACGUUCUCUUCACUCACAAAUCUGUCUAUACGGUUUAGCUCUCCAAAUAUGAAGCAUGAAUUAUUUGAUAAUUUGCAUAAAGCCAGUGAUCUUGAGUGUUUAUCACUCGACACCGUGACGUUAUCUCUCUCUGACUUUGAGAUGAUUCAUGACUCUUGUAGAAGCCUUCAGAAGCUCCGCCUAAUAAAUGCUGACCUGGAGCCAAUUAGUUUCACACUAGAAGAAAAAAGAAGCGUAGGUGCUGCUGCAAGUCAUCACCGUUACAAACCGACUAAAUGCAUGAAAAUCCUUGAGUUUCAAAACGGUGGUAGCCUUUACGACAAUUAUGAAUGGCUUUAUUACUUUGCAUCUAAAUACAAUGGUUUGGUUAGCUUAGAUCUAUGGUGCAGAUACUCAGUCAGUACACCCUCUCUUAAAGUGCCACCUACGGUAAGUGAACUCGAAGAGCGAUACGCAGCGAUAGCAAGUAUAGGUGUGAAUUGUCGUAGUUUGAAAUCGGUAAACCUGAUCAAUGUUACCAUAAAUCACUGGUUUUUUGAAGCAAUGGAUCAUGUUGGUAUCAGCUUGGAUAGUAUUGCUUUGGGAGAUAUGACGGAUAGAACACUGGAUAUGUUACAAUGCUUAGUCAGGUCCAAACAAAACGUAUGUUCCUUGACACUUUGGGGCUGGCCCUCAUUAUGUAUUCAAGAAACCAUGCAGGAGGCGGUGACGUUAAUUGGAAUGUGCAGCGAUAGACUAUAUUCUAUUGACUUCUCUAUGCAGUUCUCUGGCAUUAAAAAUGCACCUAUCCCCAUUGACUUUAUUUUGAGCCACUGCUCAAAACUAAAACAAUUGAAAUUUGAUAACAUACAAGCUGUGGUAAUGACACCGAUGAACACGAAGACAGAUGACGAUGCAUGCUAUAAUAUGCCAGCGAAAUCUUCUUUGGAACACCUUAUUUUCAAAAACGGAUCAUUCCGGAAUCAAGUAUUUGAUUAUCUUUCGAUAUACUGUCCAAAUCUAACCAACCUCGAAGUUAACUCUUGCUCAUUAAUCGGUCAACAUUAUCCUGAAAUGGAUAUCAAGAUCCAUAUGCCACAUCACACAUUUCAAUCUAUCCGUAUUGAUCACGCAAGAUCACCAUCACACUAUUAUCACGUAAAACAAGCGAUUGAUAUACGUUUAUUUGAUGUAUAUCAGUGUAAAAAAAACAAGCGACAAUUGUUUGAGUUGAACGAUUAUGAACCAUACACGACAAGUCUCGAUUUUGAAUAUGAGCAGAGAACUGUCGAAUAUAGUAGGCCUACAAAUUACAUUGGACAUCAUGCUGAUACUCAAAUUUCUGGUCCAUUUGUUUCAAUCACUUGUCAGGACUUAGCCGAACUUCAUAUCGGCACUCUUUGGGCUAUUUAAUGUAUCUCUGAAUUAUUUUUAUGCACAGCUUUUUUAAAAAAUAAAAUAAAAAUAAAAUAAACUUGGUUUUUGGAGCUCAACGA